AUGCAGCAGGGUCACGUCAAGGAGUGGGUGCGCCAAGUGAAGCGCUACGUCGACCAUAGUUUGCUCCGCUUCCUGGUGCAGCGCAAGCGCGAGGUGUCCUUCGCGGUGCCCGCCAAGUGUUCUUUGUUUCCGCCGUUGCCCAUCACUGAUGCUGCCUCUGGCGCAAGCCUCAGUUCGUUUCGCGAGGUCAUGGACUAUGGCAACCUGGUUGCGAGCUUCUCCCGCACCAAGGAGUGCGAGGCAGCGGGGGCGGUGUGGAUGUUGGACCCGAUUUGCUCGGACAUCGACGACAUCACCGUGGGCCAGCUCGAGGGUGCCAUGAGCGCGUGGUCGGAGGAGGCGUACCCCCUCUCCUCCAAGCACGCGCCCUCGCGGCGCCUCUCCUUCGACGUGCCUCUCCCCGCCUUGGUGGUCGACGUCGAGGUCGCCCAGCGGCUUGGGCCUAACAUGCCUGGAGUUUGCUCGACAGAGGCUCUGACCAUGCUCGCGGGGCGCGCGGUGGUCACCACGCGGCGUGCUGCUAUGAGCGAGGAGGCACUCCAGCAGUCCAGCGAAGACCGCGCGUGGCAUCUGUUCAAUGCCGCGUUGUCCGUGCCCAUCAGGAUGCGCCUGCUGCCUGAUGGCGACGCGACCCACUUGGCCGCUCUGACAUUUUCAGAGAAGAUGUUCUCUGCGUGUGCUGCCUCUGGCGCUGAGUCCUCCUGGCGGUUCGCAGAAACAGCGUGCCGCUUGACCGGCGUGGAGAACUGUUUCGCCAAACAGGAACCAGCGUCGAAGCUGGAGGCUGCGCUGAAGGCCCACGGCCUCCAGUUCAAAGGAAAAGCGCGCACCGCUGCAACCGCCGCGGCGCUGAAAAGUCUGCGCCCUUUCGUCCUCGACGGCGCCUGCAAUUCGGCUCUCGCGCUGGCCGAAGUGCAUUUCCCAGAGCUUCGCGAACCUACGCUUCUCAUGAGGAUCGGCUUCGCCUGCUCCACGAGGGCUGUCUCUGACGCCAAGGCCAGGGAAUUGUUCGUUUUCAGCAUGAACAGUUUCCGCGGCGAGAAACUGUCCGUGGGCCGGGCCAUCGGGCGCGAUGGGAAGACGCCAGCGAUGCUCCACGCGCUCUUCAAGAUGAAGGAACUCGUCGAGUACAUCUUCCACGAGGCGUCUCUCAUGAACAAGGAAGCGGGGGGCGACAUGGCGGCGUUCAAGACGCCUCUCCACAUCCUUCAGAAGUUCGCCGCCCCUGGCGCGGAUGGGCCCACAUUGUUUGCGCCCCGCGUGGCUGAGCAUCGGAACACCGUGGAUGUCAAGACGAAGGCGAUGAUCGACGUCGCGCGGCCUCUGUGGUCGAGCGCUUUCGACGACGAAAUUGCCGAGCUUGCCCAGCAGGAGUUGCAGAACAGCACCACUGGGUUCGUCCGGCACACGUACCUCACCGAGACCAGCCAGGGCGUUGGUGCCAAGCGCUGCGCCUUCGUGGCCGCGUGCACGGCUGGAUGCAAAUCUCGGCUUGUUGGGAUGUCCGAGCUCGGGGACGAGCAAAAGGAAGAGCUCCAGAAGCUCCAGGGGCAGCUCAGGCAGCUCCGCAGGAAAACUGUGAAGUUCGUCAGUUUGCCGUCUGUCGGCGCUGCCUCUGGCGCGGAGUACGCAGUGGCGCAGAUGCAGAGCUUGCGGGGCGCGCUCAGCCUCGGGCACCGCUUCGGGAGGAAGAAGAACGACGUUCGCGCGUUCAUCCUCUCGGCGGAGCUGUUCCCGCCCAACGUCGUCAAGCAAGGCGGCAAGGCGAGGAUGAGCGAGCAGAUGGCGUGUGACGAGGCGAAGCAGAAUGAUGAUAUCCUCAUCUUCCUCGACGGCAGGAGCCGCGCGAACCGCAGGGUCAUUGAGUCGUUCGAGACGAAGUUGGAGUCAGGAGGCUCCCACGCGUACGUCGAGGCGUCGAGCUACACGAAGAACAACAGGGAGACGGCCAUUUUCUCGAUGCCACUCAAGGGCCCGCGGAAAGUGGUGCACCGUGCGGAGUCCAGCGCGUGCGGCGAGUCCUCGACCGCAGACGCGUCAUACAGCGGUAUCCCAAUGCGGCGCCUCCCCGAGCUCCCUCGCAUGGACCACGAGACGAAGGCGAGCAUCUUGGGAGUUGCAUCUUGCGCUAGCGUUGACGGGGGGCAUCCGCGCCUGCAGGGAGACAUCGACUCGAAGGGCCGCCCGUUCUCGCACAGCGAGGUGAAGCCGCUCCUCUUGUGGCAGACUCUCGUGGAGCACCACAAAGUGACCCACGUCGUGGACUUCACUCCAGGUUCCGGCGCUUCGGCUGUUGCUGCCUUUGGCGCAAUGGAGUACGAAGGCAUCGCUGCCAACGAUGCGCACCGGGACUGGCUCGACUCCAUCGUGGACAGGUGCGCGAUGUAUAAGGCGGGCCACGACGAGGGGUACGCGGAGCAAUUGGGCGGCGACGCCGAGUUCGUCGAGAAAGCCGGCAAGAUUUCAGCGGAGCCAUGA